UUUAAACUUACAUGUGAGACGUCACUUUUCUAUAGACAAUCUAUUGUAACGGAAAUUGAUGUAGUGUCGUUGUCCUGGUAACCACCAUGGUAACCACCUGCUUAAUGUGUCCACUCUGCGUCGAAGAAGCUCCUCUCCUAAUGUUUUCUCAACAUAACUCAACUCUAAUGUAACUGUAUGCGGUUAAACAUGACACCUCGGUCACCUUUAACGAGAUUUAAGUAGCGUUAUAUUCACUAUUAGCAAAAAUGGUGAUUGAAAGGCUGAGUUUAGCUUGUGAUAGCCUUCAGUCACACCGACAGCUCGCAUGUUGUCACUCAUACUGUGGUUUACCACUGAAUGGAAAGGACAUGCUGAUUUACAGUAAUGUGGACAUACAACACAAGCCCCUGCUGCUAACCGGCCACCAUGGUGAGGUCAGUGCCAUGACCUUUGGAAAAGGAAGCGGACCUGCUCUCCUCUGCUCUGCCUCUGCUGACUACAUCAUUGUCUGGGAUAUUGAACUGUGCCAGAAGAGAACACAGGAGGGUAAAGUUGCAGCUGGAACAGUUAUCGGGACUUUACUGGGUGAAGUCGUCCAUCUUUCAUUCUGUUUCUCAGAUGAACGAGUGGCUGCGUGCUCGGGGGCAACUGUAUAUAUUCUCAGCUCAAAGAGACAUGAAGUGAUCUCUACCUUGACCAGCCACCUCGGACCUUUAACAUCAGCAGAGUUCUGUCCCUGGAAUAAAGACGUUCUUGUCACCGCAUCAGAGGAUCGUACUUUUAAGGUGUGGGAUUUAAAAACUGAAGCUGUUUGCUACCAGUCUUUUGUGCUUUCAGCCUCUCCACUGCUCAGUGUGUUCUUCUUGGAGGAGAACAGGCACCUUAUCACUGGCUCAACUGAUGGACAGCUGUGGUGCUUUUCACUCCCCGAUGACCACAAGUGUCACCUGGUGACCAAAAUGGACCUUGAGAAGAUGGAAAAAAGACAUCAAAUGCACCAAGGGACUGCGAGCGAUCAAGCAGGGUUCGCUGAAAAAUCAGCUGUGGAUACAGUGGAGAUUUCAAAACCUGUCCUCAGAAUAGCUUUAUGUAGCUCAUUCACUGACACCAGUAGUGAUCAUAAAAAGGAGAACAGCUGGUUGUGCAUUGGAAGCUCGGAUGGCCUGUAUGUGGUGGAUCUGGCUACCUCAGAACUCCUAACAGUACUAUAUUUCAAAGAUUACCCCAAUUUGAGCAUCACAAUGGCUGGGUCGUGGUCAAUCUCUCCAGGGUGGGAUAACACUAUGGUGUUAUUAGUGAGCUCUUUGUUUACUCCAUGUGUGGUCCUGUUGGAGUUACGUCUGUGUGACCUAAGGAGGACCUCGGCUUGUGGUGAAGGCUUUUCUGUGUUCCCGAGUUCUCCUCGACUGCCUGAAUCUCCUCUGAAUGCCGAGUUAAAGAAGAAGGAGCCCGAGCAUCCUAAAAAGAAAGGAGGAAUGAAGGAGCAGCCUCUGGUUUUCCACACAAAAGUGAAGUCAUCUGGAUACACCAGUGCCCCAAGAAGUAGUAUGUUUUCACCUAAAACAAAUAUCCAGAAGAAUCCUUCCCCUAAAAAGGCUAACAAAAAUACAGGUUUACUCCUCAGAGAUUAUCCAGCAGACAGUGCAGCACCUACUAUUCCACACAUUCAUCUAACCAUUGCCAACAAGCCAGUUCACUGCCUUCAGUAUUCAGGUGACGGAAAACAGAUCCUGUGUGGUCUUGGCGACAGCUCAGUGUUAUUGUACAAGUCCUCCCUUACUGGCAAUCCAGCUGUCUACACAGGGCAUGACAAACCAGUGAGCAGCGUGAGCUGGAGCCUCAACAGACAGUGGUGGUUGAGUGCGUCAGAGGACCUGUCACUACAUAUCUGGACCCAUGGCAGCCCAGAGCCUGCCAUUAUAAUGGGCGACAGUAUGUUCUCCAAACCCAUUAGAAGUGCUCAGUUUUAUUACCUCGACAAAUUUCUGCUCCUGGCGUCUGGAUCCUCUCUAUACCUGUACCUGUAUAAUGUGGACAUCACACGUGACAACAUCAAAAGAUAUCAGCAACGGAGUGUCGUCGAAUUGGCAAGAUGUUUUACGACGACAUCAGCAACAGACAUCACCGCCUUGUCUGCAAUCAAUGAUUUCUUCUCUUACAUCGUUCUGGUGUGUGGUUCAGAUCGGUCCAUUCAAGUAUUUGACAUGAACAAGGGUUUAGUUGCCUCAGUCCUGCCUGAUGCCCACAGCAGAGCCGUCCACUGCAUUACACAGAACAAGGGCUCCAUGUUCAGCACACAAGCGCUGGAUUCAUACAACCUCUUCCUCACCAGUGCCGUCACGGACGGUGUGAAGAUCUGGGACCUUCGGACACUGAGGUGUGUACGGCGUUAUGAGAACCAUCUGAAUCGCUGCCAUCCGUGCUCUUCAGCCAUCUCACCAUGCGGCCGGUUCAUUGCCUCAGGCUCUGAGGAUAACUGUGCAUACGUGUAUGACAUCCGCAGCAGCAGCUACCUCCACAAACUUCAGAAACACUCAGACACGGUGCUCAGUGUAACUUUCAACCCUGCCACACCAGAGCUGCUAACUGGGACCCUGGAUGGGAAGCUGAGACUGUUUCAGUCCAACAGUGGGGCCCGUCUGUCUCAUGACAACAGUGCUGCUGUGCAUAGUGUCCCCAACAUGACUGUGUAAUUACAGCAGGCUGCUGCAAAGACCAUGCAGGUCUCAUUAAAGCAGUUCCAACCUCCUGGCUAGGAUUUUACUGGGAAAGGAGAAAGUAAGGGGUUUUGUUUGUAGUUGUUAAAUGAAGAUCUAAAAUAGAUACAAGUUUAAAGAGAUUUUGUUCUUCUUGUUAUGUGCCUGUUGUGUUCUUCUACUCCUGUGCUUCAUUUCAGCUCAUCUUUGUAAAGCCUCCAGUAUGUACAUCAUUAGACCGCGUUUCUUUUGACAUUAUCAGUGGCUUGAUUGAAUACCUUUCAUCAGAUUCAUUUAACCACAUUUCUGUCAUGAGAUGAUGUAAUAUGUACUCAAUUACAGAUAAUUACAGAUAAUUUUGCCAAAAAAAAAGUACUAGCAGAAGUUGUUCCCAUCCGUCCGUGCACAUUCUGGAUGGUCCAGCAUCAGAUUUUCUUUGUUCAGCAUGUGGAACAGAUGUACUUCUAUAUCCCUGGCUGUGACCACUACUUAACAGAUCAACACAAAGAGCUAUGACAUCAACUGGGUGCAACCUAUUUGGCUGCCAGACACAGAUGCUACUACUGUUCAUACUGACACACCCGUCCACAUUGUUUGAGCUGUACAUGUACUCUUCUCACCAGCAGUCGCAACAAAAUGUCAGCUAAGACUAACAACUGUAAUGGAACCUAAUAAAAAAUAAAGGACACUGUGAAAUAUAAGAUUUAAAAGGGCUUCAUUGUUGGUUAUAUGUAUGUCAAGUAUAAAUGAACUGUUACACCCUGGUUACA